AUAAAUUUAGCCAUUGAAAAAUUAGCAUAAACGGAAGAUUUUUGGUGACUUUGUACUCUAUUACAAAACGACGAAGUCCACAACAGAUCCGUAGAGUCUACCUUGGGUGACACUUGAUCCAUGAACAAUUGAUAGUGUUCGUAGACAACUUCUGUAGAACGGAAAACUCACAGCUGAUAUGCCUGUAGAUAACAUUCAGAAGGCCAAGAGCAAAGGCCUGUUGCAAACGCAGCGACAAAACAGCGCUGGAAUGAUUACGUCGCGGUAUGAUUCGGACACCGAGGGGCAACUCCCUGCACCUUUCAGAUCAAAACUGCACCACCUGUUUGGCCAGAUUGAAAAAGAGUUUGAGACGCUGUACACAGAAAACCUUCAUUUGCAGGACAAGGUGGAGACCCUUCAAGAGAGACUGGAUGCCUACAUGGCGGUGGACAAGUCCAUCAGUGAGCCCCUGGAGACCGUGGAUGGGGCCACAAAGGCUAAAAGAUCUGCAAGUCACAUAUCCCAGAAGAUAAAGAAGUCUUACAUCGCCUCGACGAGUCGACUGGUUUCCAGUUUCCGCCAGGCGGCCCCUGCGUACACAGUUGUAAAGAGCUUCCACGGCCACAAAGACGGGGUGUGGGAAGUGAACACAUCCAAACUGAAUCCCCAGAUUAUUGGGACCGCAUCUGCUGAUCACUCUGCCCGGAUCUGGAAUGUGGAAACCGGACUGUGCCUGCUACAGUAUCUGGGUCACGCAGGCUCGGUAAAUGCGAUCCGGUUCAAUCCAGUCAAGGACCGCGUCGUGACAACUUCAGGCGAGGGCACGGCACAUAUAUGGUCACCCCAGGUCUCGAUUUCUUCAAUGGACGCCUUACGGGCCCAGUCAUCCGAGGAUGAUCUUGAUAUGUCAGACCAGUGUGAAACCAACGAAGAGAAUCCAGAUCAACCCACCACUCUCCGGACCCCACUCCGUGAGCUGAUUGGACAUCACAGUGUGGUGAUUGCAGCUGAUUGGUUGAACUUUGGUGGUCAGGCGAUAACCGCAUCCUGGGAUAGAACGGCCAUCUUGUUUGACGCAGAAACUGGGGCAAACUUGACUGUUCUCAAAGGCCACGACCAGGAACUGACAGACGUAAGGGCUCAUCCCAGUCAAGACCUCGUGGUGACCUCAUCCAAGGAUACGACCUUUAGACUGUGGGACUUCAGAGACCCUAACAUGCCUGUCACAGUAUUCCAGGGCCACAAUCAACCAGUUACAACGGCAGCCUUUGCUGGUAAUGAGAAGGUGGUUUCGGGCAGCGAUGAUCGUACAGUGAAAGUCUGGGAUCUGAAGAACAUGCGGUCACCCAUAGCCACCAUCCGUACUGACUCAUCUGUGAACAGAUUGUGUGUUUCGCAGUCACAGAACAUGAUAGCCAUCCCACACGAUAACAGACACAUACGGCUUUUUGACAUCAAUGGAAACAGAAUUGGAAGACUACCGCGUAGCAGCAGAACUGGCCACUCAAAAAUGGUGUGCAGUGUAGCCUGGACCGAGGACAAUCCGGUGUGUAACCUUUUCUCGUGCGGCUUCGACAGACAGGUCCUAGGUUGGAGCAUCAAUGUCCAGAUCAAGGAAUGAAAAGAGUCAGUCAUGGAUCGUUCUGAAGAAACAUGAGCCUCGUUCAUGGACAACUGGGCUCAAUGCAUGGGACAGCACUCUCCGCCUAAACUGGAUUUUUGCUAAAGAGAUGCUUUCUUCAAACGAAACAAUACAAACACGUGGAAAGUGUUGUCUCUGAUAAGCCUGUGCAAAUUUCUCAGGCUAAUCUGUAGAGCUGUAACGAUUCGCUUCGAUGCAUCGAAAAUCUGAUUCAAUGCCGCCGAUUCGAUAUUGAUACCAAUACGGGCAAUUUUGAUUCGAUUCACUGAAAUCCCGAUUAUUCCGCAUUUUAAACCUUACUUUCCAAAUCCGACGUCUAAACGUUCUUGUCAUUUGUAAUACGUCUUUUGAUUGGUCAAUAGCCAAUAUGUCAUCCAAUGAAUGAAUGAAUAACAUGCUGAUCAUUACAUCAACCGGUAAAAUGUCUUCUUCAACCAUGCCGAAAGACGUACGUCAAAAUUAAAAUAAAAAGUAUGGGAACAUUUCUUGUUUCGCGAAGGUUCUGAUGCAAAGGCAACUUGCAAAACGUGUUUUGUUGACAUUAGUUACCCACAUGGUUUGUUAACUUAACUGUGUGCAUUCUGUUAAGAAGUCAAAUGGAAGUUGUUUAUUUACUUACAUGCUUUUUUUCUUCUGUUAAACACGUGAUACAUUUAGCAUUCUAUGUUAUUUAAGAACAACUCAACAGGAAGUUUUGUUCAAUAAAUUUGUUACUUAACAAACAAUGUUGCGUUUUUAUAUUUUAUUUUAAAAAUUAAACACUUUAAAUGUACAACAUAAUAAGUUAAUAACACAUACCAAACAUAUUAAUUCAUGCUCUGGACAAACCAAACAUGAAAUAGUUUGCAAAAUAAGCAGCAAAUAAUUUAAUUUUUGAUUCGAAUCGAAAAUAAUCGGACCAUUUCGUAUCGAAUCGAAUGAUGGGUGAAUUGUUACAGCUCUGGGGCGACACAUGCAUUAAGCCCAAGAAGGCUCAUAUUAUCUGGAGAAAUUAAAUUGUUCUUGUUCUAAAUACAUUUUAUUCCAUGCUUACAUGGAAGAGUGUGUUUUCAAUACCAAACUAUGAAAGGAUGUGUUUUCUGUCAUUGCUUGUCACCAAAUGCAAGGUAGAUCUAGAAAAUUAUUAUUAAGUUUUUU